AUGUGGUGGAAUGAAUGUAAUCAUCAAUUUAAAAAAGAUGAUGAAGAUGACUUUAAUUUAUUUAUUGUUACUACCACUGUAUCUUUAUAUUAUUAUAUUUAUCAACUAUCGUUAUCAACAAAUAAUUAUAUUAUUAGAAAUAACAACGGUCCAACAAUUACUCAUACAAUAUAUACAUAUCCUAAUCAAUGGUUAAAAUAUGAAUCAUCAAAUCAAGCAAUAUUCAAAAUUUAUAGAAAGAAAGAACCAUAUCAAAACAUUGAAUUCAGUUUAAGAAUUGAAUCAUCAAAUGAAGGAACAACAUUAAUUAAAGAAGUAGAAAAUAAUGAUAAAUCAAUUUCAACAGUAAUUAUAUCUUCUUCAAAACAAUUAACUAGUUUAACUAAUGUAAAAUUUUCAGAAACAACAUUAACAACAAAGAAAAGUCAAAUAAUGAUUAUUGGAAUGAAAGGAAUAACAUUAGAUAGUAUUGGAUAUAAGAAUUGUAAUAUGUUGAUUUAUAAAGAAAAAACAAAAGAAUGUAUUCAAUGUGAAAAAGGAUAUUAUUUAAAUUCAACUAAAGAAUGUCAAUUAUUACCAGAUAAUUGUAUUGCAGGAUAUAAAACGUAUUGUUAUCAAUGUAAAGAAGGAUUUAUAAAGAAAAAGGAGAAUGUAAAGAAAUUGAUAAUAAAUGUAAUAAAUCAGAAAGAAAUUAUUGUUUAA